AUGGUUCGUCUAAGCUACCUGCUGGCGAGCACCCUCACCGUGCUCAGCGGCUUUGCCGACGCUAGCUCCGCUGUCAAAGACCUCAUCCCUAAGAACUUCGACAACGUUGUCCUGAAUUCCGGCAAGCCCGCUCUUGUUGAAUUCUUCGCCCCCUGGUGUGGCCACUGCAAGACCCUCGCCCCCAUCUACGAGGAGCUCGCCUCUGCCUUUGCUUUCGCCGAGGAUAAGGUUACCAUCGGCAAGGUCGACGCUGACGCGAACCGCGACCUGGGCAAGCGCUUCGCCAUUCAGGGCUUCCCUACCGUUAAGUGGUUCGAUGGAAAGAGCGACACGCCUGAGGAAUAUAAGGGUGGUCGUGAUCUGGAGAGCUUGUCUGCCUUCAUCACCGAGAAGACUGGCAUCAAGCCUCGCGGUGCGCAGAAGGAGCCCAGCAGGGUUGAGUUCCUGAAUGACGCCACUUUCAAGACUACCGUUGGUGGUGACAAGGAUGUCCUGGUUGCGUUCACUGCACCGUGGUGCGGUCACUGCAAGACCCUCGCCCCCAUCUGGGAAACCCUCGCCAAUGACUUUGCCCUCGAGAACAACAUCGUGAUCGCCAAGGUUGACGCCGAGGCUGAGAACGCCCGCGCCCUGGCCAAAGAGCAGGGCGUCACCGGUUACCCGACUAUCAAGUUCUUCGCCAAGGGCUCGACCGAGGCCGAGGCGUACGCUGGUGCCCGCUCCGAGGAGGCAUUCGUCGAGUUCCUGAACAGCAAGACCGGAUCCAGCCGCUCCGUUGGCGGCGGUCUGAACAGCAAAGCUGGCACCGUUGAGGCGCUGGACAAGCUGGUUGCCGAGUACGCGCCCGCGCAGAAGUUCGAAAAGCUCGCUGCCGAGAUCAAGAAGGUUGCCAAGGGCCUGCAGGACAAGUACGCUCAGUACUAUAUCAAGGUUGCUACCAAGCUGAGCGAGAACGGCGAGUACGCUUCCAAGGAGCUGGCUCGUCUCGUCAAGAUUCUGAAGAAGGGCGGUUCCGCCCCCGAGAAGAUUGACGACUUUGUCUCGCGGAGCAACAUCCUGCGUGGCUUUGUUGGUGAGGACCAGCAGGCUGGUAAGGAUGAGCUCUAA